AUCUCAGUGACCCUUGGUGUGAUGCAAGAUACUUCCAUGGACCAAUCAAUUGGCGACAAAGGAGUAAGAUACCACCAAUACCUUUUUCAGCUGAGGCAACAAGCAGCACGCACCAUGUUGAUAAUUCUUGCUUCCAUUGUCAGCACAAAGAGUGGCGAUAUUCAGCAGACUUGCCUCCGCAUGCUCUUUUCCAGCUUGAACAGUCGUGCAAAUAUCAUCCUGGUCACAACAAUUGUUGCUUCCCUCAUCGCUCUUAUCCAUUCAACGCACCAAGUUGCAGGUGGAGCCCCCUUUAUCACUUGUCGUAAUUGCUUCAAGCUGCUUCAGUUGCCUGCUGAUUUUCUCCUUUUCAAAAGGGUAUGUCAUCAGCUAAAAUGUGGACACUGUUCAGAGAUCCUCAAGUUUUCAUUGCAGGAUAGAAGUCAUAUAGUUUCUUAUGACCCAAGUCGGCAUGGUGACCAAAGCGAGGUGAUUAAUGGGAGCAAUCAAUUGGCUUCUUCUGCUUCUCGUGCCAAUUAUUUUCAUUCUUCACAUGUGGUCCCGAUUUCAUUUUCUGACGAUUAUGGAAAUUAUGUGUCUAAAAGCUACUCCUCAGGAGGAGAUCCUGUUUCACUGACCUCAUUUCAUCCAUUACAUGGCAGUGAGUGUGACACAAAUGUCUCUUGUGCUUUUGAGGAGGAAGACAAGAUUGCUUCUAGACAUGCUCGUACAAGUAAUACUCCUGUACGAACAACAAACGAAUCAACAGUGGUCUCCUCAAACAUGUCAGGGUCAGAAGCGGAGACAGUGCCGCCCCCAAGGAGCUCGCCACUUCAUCAAUUGAUGGGUUAUUCCUCACCAAGCCAAGUGAUAAGAGGAAUUCAGUCCACACGGUAAUGGUAAUGAGCUCAUGAAAAUGAACACGACUAUAGCUGAGUAUAAGUGCUUUAAGGAUUAAAGCAUAAUACUUGGGUAACAUUUCAGGACAAGAUAUGACGAGAUUUUUUUUUUUUUUUGGUUGGGUUUUGUAGUUACCAGUUCGUAAUCUUCAAUAGGAGAAAUUGGAUUGCCUUUUUGCGCUCUAACUUUUAUGCUAGAACUUAGGAGUAGCUUAGCUUCCUCUUUCAAUUUGAUUUAUAUUACUUGGGCAACAUGUGCAUCUUCCCUCUUGUUGUGCAUGGGAAUGUAUGUUAUUGGUAAUAAUAUUAGAUG